ACCAAUUUAAUAUUUGAUUUUACAGAAACUACAGAGACCAAAACCCAAGAAUUAAAGAAAUGCCCAGAUCCCUCUCCACUUCUAGUUGGGCCUCUCAGGGUUGAGUUCUCUACGCCUGUCAGCUUGGACACAGUGAGGAAGGAGAACCCAGGUCUGCAGGAAGGAGGUCGCUACAAACCACAUGACUGCGUCGCCCUCCAGAAGGUUGCUCUAAUCAUCCCCUUCCGCCAUCGUGACGAGCACCUCAAGUUCUGGCUCUACUACCUCCAUCCCAUCCUUCAGCGCCAACAGCUAGACUAUGGCGUCUAUGUUAUCAAUCAGGAUGGAGACAACACGUUCAACAGGGCCAAGCUGAUGAACAUUGGCUAUGCUGAGGCCCUGAAAGAGUAUGACUACGACUGCUUUGUGUUCAGUGACGUGGACAUCAUCCCCAUGAAUGACCGCAACACCUACAAAUGCUUCAGCCAGCCCAGACACCUGUCUGUCUCCAUGGACAAGUUUGGCUUCAAGUUGCCCUAUAAUCAGUACUUUGGCGGUGUCUCAUCGUUGAGUAAAGAGCAGAUCAUGAAAAUCAACGGCUUUCCCAACAACUACUGGGGGUGGGGUGGUGAAGAUGACGACAUUUUCAACAGGAUGAAUGACAGAAAAAUGCCCAUCUCUCGUCCGGACGGCGAAGUCGGAAAAUGCCGGAUGAUCCGUCACGAAAGAGACAUAAAUAACAACGACAAUCCUCAGAGGUUCAAGAGAAUAACUCACACGUUAAAGACGAUGGAUACCGAUGGCCUCAACUCUCUCGAGUACGAAGUUGUCGCAGUUGAAAAGCAUGACCUGUUCACAAAUAUUACAGUAGACGUGGGGAUACCACCCGAAGAUGAAGAAGACAUGGACAAAGGAUGAAUGAGGAAGAGAUGAACAAGCAGAGCCCUGCGUGCCCGUUUGUAAAUCCGGCCCUGUGAAGAAGGCAGGAACCACCUGGAAUGAGGUCAAGAAAACUUCCCAGAACAGUACGAGGGAUGCUUAACAUGACUUAGCAUGAAUCUUUGAGGAGGUGUCAUGAUAUCCACUUGGCACUUUUGUCCCUCGAGUGGCCCAAUUGGCAGAGCUUUGUGUAGUGCUGCCUUCAACUGCUUUCGCCGCAACUCGGAGAAACAAGGUCCCAACUCUGAAAUAACCCCCCUCCAAGUUCCAAUUACAAUUGGGAAAGUCUGAGAGGAUUUUGAUACCCAAGUUGUGACGUUUCAUCUCUGACCUUUCACCUUUUCAGYGAGCAAACUUUAGGUUUACAAAUACUGUAUUUUUGCUCUACACUAGUGUACAUCAAGCAAUGGCUAUGGAAUGUAAAGGUUUCAGAGAUGCUUUUUGAUAUUGUUGUUGAUCGAAUGUGUUGCCUUUGCUCCUUAUUUUCUGUGUGAAAAUCUGAACUUUAAUUUAGUCUUUUUUAGUUAUUGGYCUAUUAUAGUGUGGCUACUGUGUGAGCCAUGGGAAACUCCCCAAAAACAAUAACAAAAUGUUCAACUGUUCAAAAUAAAAUGACAGAGACCUCUU